AUGAAGAAGGAAAUUCUUAUUUUAUUAGCAAUCUUCGUGCUCACUUCAGAAGCUCGACUUAGAGAUCUGAAGAUCAGCACUGGAGCUAGUAGCUCCAUGGGAGGCUCAAGUACGAGCAGUUCAACUUCAGGAACAACAGCAGGCACUGGAGGAGUAGGACAGACUGGUGCUAGUUCAGGAAGUGGACUAGAUUCAGGAGAAAGUGAGUGAGAAGGAAUUGAAUUUGAUUGAGAGAUAUUGCCUAGGCUUGUCUUAGUAGGGAUAUUUGGAGGUCUUUUCUUGAUUGCAUUCUGUGUUUGAUGAUGUAUUUGAAUGAGAGGAAAGUGGAAAUGGUUCUGUAAAUGCCUUUUCUGUUGUUGAUGCAGUAGAGUUUUAAAAUGAUGUUGGAGAUUAAGGUGUAAAUGAAAAUGAAAGAAAAGUAAAAAUUCAAAAGCACAGCCUAAAAUCGCUCCAUACAAUCAAAAUAAUUCUCAUAAUCCUCCAAAGAACAUUCAGACCCAAAUAAAAGCUCCUAAAAUUCCUUUCCAACAUCCAAACCUCGCUUCAAAACCCACAUUAGAAAUUCCUCCCGAUCAGCCACGAACAAACUGCCUAAAAAUCUCCAACCAAAGUUCUCAAUCCCCAGAUCUUGAGAGUUCAACUAUCUAUUCUCAAGCCAAAUCUAGCCCCCUACAAAUCUUUGCUUAACUUGAACUCCUAAAUUCCCAAUAAGAUCUAUUAAUCCACUUCUUUACACAAAAUUUUUAUUUUUAAAUAAAUUUAUAAAUCAUAACACCAUUAAAACCAUCCAAAAAGGUCAGAAGGCAAAUAAAACACUAGCAGAACAAACACAAAAAUUCCUAUACAAAAACACUAACAGAACCAAUUCCUUCUCCCCAUCCAUCUCAACCCCUCCCAUCCCAGCUCCUCCCUCACACCCCUAUACCCCUCAGUUCCUCCCCACCCACCUAUUCCUAACCCCAUUUAUCCAAUUACUCCUCCUCACCUAUCCUCUCUCCUGAACCCCAAUUCUCUUAACCUAGGUGUAUUCGUACUUUA